CAAUAUGUUUGGGUAAUGGUCACAAUAACGCAAUAUGCGUCAUCAAAACGGAGCUCUUAAUGAAACAUUACAUUUCAUAUCAUGCACAAUACAACAGCUUGAUCGCAUUGUGACUGUAUGCCAUGCUAGAAUUUGAUUCAGAUUCCUGUCAUAUAAGACGUUACAGCAAUAAUUAAAUGAUUUUUGGAUUCGGAUAUUUAAAUUUUUGGUAAACAUUUGACCAAUCCAAACCAUGAUGGAUGAAUCUUCAUCGAAAACAAUGGGCAUUGAAAAUUUGACCGCAAUGAAUGAAAUGAUCAAACGUAUCGAAGGUAAAGAAACAACUUUUGAUCGAAUGAAACGUUUAAAAGUUGCAUCAUCUAAUCGAGCAUUUGCCGAUUCACAAUGUAAUGGAACGAAUCAUCACGAACCGAUUGAAACUUUAUUGGAUAAAGGUACUCAUCAACCGGAACGAAUACUAGCUGUAACAACGAUGGAUGAAUUGUGUCUUUUCAUCUGUUAUUUGGUUCGAUAUACGAAUGGUCAACUUGAAUUGGUACCGAAUAAAAUUGUCCAUCGUCAUUGUCCACAGAUGGUGAUCGAUUUUCUCGAAUCAAAUCUAAUAUUUUCCAAUAAGAGUAAUUCUAAUUUACCUGCUAAUCUAUUCAGAGGUAUAGAAUUCAAAGAAUUUAACGAUAAUAGAACUAAAGAUUCAAAAGCUGCUCAAAACGACGAUUACUUGGAAGAUGAUAAUUUUUACAUGUUUGAUGAAUUAUCAAAAUGUUUCAACAUGAACAAUUUAAAGGAUAUAAUUAAACCGGGGCCAAGUAGUAGUCGGAAACAAUCCGAAACAAGUGGAAUCAAUUUUACCAAACUGGAUACCGGUUCUGAUAUUUCAACAUCACAGAUUCAUAAGUUAAGCAUUCCUGAUAACAUAUCUAAAUCUAUCGGAACCUCAAAAAGUAUGAUCAUUGAUAAACCACUUGAAAUGAUAGAUAUAAACAAUGGAGAAGAUCCCGGACAAGAAGAAAUCAGUCUAUUAGAAAGACAAGAACUUGAAUUUGUUAACAGCAUAUUUGAUCAAGAAACCAUUGAAGAAUUAGAAGAGAAUAUGAUGGAUGAAAAUGAUGAUGAUGACGAUGAUGAUGAUGAGUCUGUGUCGAUAAAUGAACAAUCUUAUAAUCAAGAACGAGAACCACCAACACCUGGUUUAAAUGAUAUAAAUGAAACACUUUUAAUGUCAUAUCAUCGUGAUUCACAAGAGGAUGAUGAAUCACUAGAAUUAUCAUCCAUAUCACCAGACAUUAUGGAUGAAUUAUUAAAAUCGAAUGAUAAUAAAUAAAAAAUGAAUGAAGAGUCAAUCAAGCGAUAAUAUCAUCGAUUAUAAUCAUGA